UGCUUCUCUCUUCCCCUCUUUCUAAGUAAGACAACAAGUAAUUUAAAAUAUUAGCUUUUGUUACAGCCAUUACAAUAGAAAUUUGCUAAUAAUUGGAUUGAGUAUUUUUAUGCAAAUUCAUCUUUUUGAGAAUAUAGAUAGGGAGGAAAAUUCUUUUAUCACAUUAUACGCACUUUAUGUAAUUUUACACUUUAAAAUUUCCUAUGAAUACCUAAUAUGGUCAUCUACUGAGAAUAUUCAAUAUACGGGAUGAAGGUAACCGGAACCACUUCGAUCACUGUGCAUGUCAUGAUUUUAGUGACAAAUUUUUCAGAUAUAAGUUGGUUUCAAAGAUGCACAGAAGGUCAAGUUUUGUUUUUUGUGAACUGCUCGAAUUCAAGUUACUAUUUUUAGAGGUAUCGCAGUGGCUACAGUUAUGCCACUUAUAAACUAAUGUAUUUUUAUAUGAAUAGGUUAAUUCUUUUCUAUAUAGGAUUAUGAGUUGGAUCGACUAACAUAAUAAAAAGUAUAUGAUUUUAUUUAAAAAGAUAGAUCUGACCUUCAUAUGUAUUUUCGCAUUCUCCUACAAAGACACUAAUCGCGUCAAAUUCUGUCCUCUUUGCAACCAUUCAACUUUUAUCUGAAAUACUUUUCACUAAAAUAGUGAAGAUGUAGUGAUCGAAGUGGUUCCAGCUGUAUGACCUGUUCGUGUAUGUAUAUACAUACAUUUAUGCUAAGGGACUGUUUCUUGUGUGUACUUGUACCUCUCAUAGGUGAAAAUAAAUCAACGGUGUAAAGGAUCACUUACGAUGGUAGAAUUAAAAAUUUUCGCGCGAGAUUAAGAAAUUAUGUGCCUGUUUCUGUAAGCAAUUCAGCUAUCGAGUAUAAGGCGAUGUGACCAAUUCGUCAAAAAUCGUGUCGAAUAAAUUGUCUGUUCUUAGCCUAAAUCUUCUAGAUAAAUGCAACUGUAUGAAUUUGUAUGAAAUAUUUUAGGAGACCACAUUUCUAUAUGUUAUACGGAUCCAUUGUGGGGUACUGCAAACAGAAGACACCAUCUUCUUAAAACAAAAUUUUUUGAAUGUACUUGUGAUCGAUGCAAGGAUCCCACAGAAUUUGGAACAAUGUUUAAUGCUUUAAAGUGCAAUCGAAUGAAUUGUCCAGGAUACAUGUUACCAAAAACUUUUUUUGAACAGGAACAGGAUUAUAUAUGCAAAAUUUGUGAAUCAAUUGUUCCUUAUGCGGAAAUUGAAAAAAUAUUAGAAAAUAUUGGUAUAUACCUUUCAACCAUGAAGAAAAAUGACAUUAUUGCAUGUAAAGAAUUUAUAAAUCGUCGUUACGAAAGUACUCUCCACCCAAAUCAUUUUUACAACAUUGAUGUAACGAUUGCUCUGGCUCAAUUGAUUGGACAACAAACUGGAGGAUUAGCAGCAGUAGAAAAAGAUCUUCUCAUCGAGAAAAUAGAAUUAUGCAAAAAACUGGAUAAAUUGCUCAAGACACUCGUUCCUGCUGAAAAUCGAAUUCGAGGCCUGAUUCUUUUCGAAUUACAUGCAGCCCACGCAGACCUUAGUAGGAGACAUACAGAAAUGGAGAUUUUAGUGCCAUUAUUGGUAAGAUGAAAUAUCAAAUUUGACACAUACUUAAAUAAUACUACAUAUUUAAAUAAUAAUAUAUAUGUCGAUGAUGAAAGGACACCGGAGCCUUCCCUUUAGAAUUUUGGGAAAGUCCCUUAACACUUUAAUCUAGAUUCUACCAUAGCCGUAAUUAAGCAAUUGUCGUCAUUCAAUCCGACUGUGUUUGUUCGGGAUU